AUGCUUACCCCCCUCCUCCUCCUCCUCUCCCUCCUCUCCUCCGCCACCGCCACCCCCACCCCCACCCCCACCGUUUGCCAAUACACCCUCUACCCAUCAUUCUGCCGAUCAUCCCUUCCCAUCACCAACUCCUCUGCCAACGUCUUCGACUACGGCCGCUUCUCCCUCCGUAAAUCCAUAUCUGCCGCCACCAAAUUCUCCACCUUCAUUACUAAAUCCCUCACCCGCUCUUCCACUUUAACUACACCUGCCAUCCGUGCUCUUCAAGAUUGCCACUAUUUAGCCCAACUCAACAUUGACUUCCUCCAAAACACACUCCAAACUCUCGCCAAACCCCAAACUGCACUUUCCCCUCUCAACUCACAAGACAUCCAGACCAUGCUCAGUGCCAUUUUAACCAACACCCAAACAUGCAUAGAUGGUGUCCAAGCCACUUCMUCUUCUUGGACCUCCAAAAAUGGCAUUUUGGCACCUCUUGCUAAUGAUAACAAACUCUUUAGUGUCUCCUUGGCUUUGUUCAACAGAGGAUGGGGUCAUCCCAACAACAAAACUAAAUCUUUCCUUCCUCGUAAGAAACAUAUUGGUUUUCACAACGGACGCCUGCCUCUAAAAAUGUCUGAGAAAACCAAAGCCAUCUUCGAGACGGUGGGAAAAAGAAAGCUUCUUCAGGCCGACGAUCAGGUUGUUGUCAGUGAUAUUGUGGUUGUCAGCCAAGAUGGGUCUGGCAAUUUCACCACCAUCACCGAAGCCAUUCACAUAGCUCCAAACAAAUCUGAAGCUGCCGAUGGAUACUUCAUGAUUUACGUGACUGCAGGUGUUUACGAGGAGUACGUCAACAUUCCCAAGAACAAGUUGUAUCUCAUGAUCAUCGGAGAUGGCAUCAACCAGACUGUCAUCACCGGGAACCACAGCGUCGUAGAUGGCUGGACAACUUUCAAUUCUGCUACAUUCAUCGUGACGGCGCCCUACUUCGUGGCGGUCAAUAUAACAAUCCGUAACACGGCCGGAGCAAUAAAACACCAAGCUGUGGCAUUACGAAAUGGAGCCGAUUUAUCCACAUUUUACAGCUGCAGCUUCGAAGGUUACCAAGACACCUUAUACGCACACUCCCUGCGACAGUUUUACCGAGAAUGCGACGUUUACGGCACCGUGGAUUUCAUAUUCGGGAAUGCAGCGGUUGUUUUCCAAAAGUGUAACCUUUAUCCUCGGCAGCCGAUGUCGGGGCAAUUCAACGCCAUCACAGCACAAGGCAGAACAGACCCAGGUCAGAACACGGGGACUUGCAUCCAAAACUGUAAUAUCCAGGCGGCGGAAGACUUGGGUUCCACCAAGACGUAUUUAGGGCGACCAUGGAAAGAGUAUUCAAGAACAGUUUACAUGAAGACGUUCAUGGAUUCAUCKAUAGAUGGAGAAGGAUGGCGAGCAUGGUCUGGUGAAUUUGCGUUGAAUACGUCGUAUUAUGCGGAGUUUGAGAAUUCAGGGCCGGGAUCGGAUACGAGGGAGAGAGUUGAUUGGGAAGGAUUUCAUAUCAUAAAUGCAACGGAAGCGAGUAACUUCACGGCGUCUAUGUUUAUUCCUGGAGAUGAAUUCAUACCRCAGACAGGAGUGCCUUAUGACGGUGGCUUAUGAUUCUGAUUCUGAUUCUGAUUCUCUUCUACAAACUGAUUAGUGUACGCUUUCAUUCAUUUAAUGUAGAGGAUGUGUAUAAGAAGGAAACGGGUAGUAGUUAUUAAUUUCUUUCCAAUUAAGAGG